CUCGCGCGGGAUGCGGCUGUCAUUUUGUUACAUAUUAUCCACCGGUUUUCCCGCUGAGAGAGAUCGCGCUCGAUCCGGUUUUGUUCGAGAUCGACUCGCAGCAUCCUUAAAUGACCGAGGCAAUUUAUUCCGCAUAAGUUCAAGGUACGCUCCUCGGAGUGGAUGCUGAGAAACUGGUCUUCGGGAUAUUCAGUCGUAAACCCAGAACGAUCGCGCGCGGCCACUUUUAUCGCUGCGGCUCUCGGAGAGGCGCGCAGAACGGACACGCUCGGAAUCGAUUUUCCCUGUGCCUCCACCGCGUCGACCGUGUGCGGGACUUACGCUCUCUCGCGAUUUCCUAGAGUUCUUCUUCACGCAAGUCAUCAUCAAGAAGUCUCUCUCUUGUGUUUGCGACAACGCAAUUAUCUCCGGUAUAAAUAAUAUACGUGAUCGCGCAACAAUGUGCGGGUCGCCGCCGUUAUCGUCGGUGCGCAACGUACGUUCCCCGUAAACGCACGUCGUUUCGUGCUUUAUCGGAGUAUUCGCGAUCCCGGCCAAAGGUUGUUCCCGCCCAAAAACACUUGGACCUGCUCGAUCGUGAGAUUACUGUUACGACUCGAUCAACCGUCAGAUAUCGGGAUUUCUAACCGUGGACCGAGGUUGGGAUUUAACAAGCGGAAGUAUCAACGGGACGGGGGAGGAGAACAGGCGAGGACGGCGGCUACGGGGGAGCGAGAGAGUGUGAGACAAGACGAGAGGGUGUGAAUCGACAGAAGAGCGGCCGAAGGAUGACGGGCGAGGACGGAAAGCGCGGUGGCGGCACCGGCGACGUUACUAGCGGAGCAAACAUGAAUACGAACGUCACCGACAACGUCAACAAUGUCAACGCUAACAUAAACGUCAGCCAGCAAAACGGUGGACCAGAAAAGGCACCCGUCGUCGGCGGCACCAACGUGGAGACACUGCCACGCGCCGGAAAGAGCGAUCCCAGUACCACGUUUUUACGAGCGGCUCGAGCCGGUCAGCUCGACAAGGUUUUGGAAUAUCUUGAAUCCGGAGUGGACAUCAACGCUUCUAACGCUAAUGGCUUGAAUGCUUUACAUCUGGCGGCUAAGGACGGCCACUUAGAAAUCGUAAGAGAGCUCCUAAACCGCGGCGCGAUCGUAGACGCCGCUACCAAAAAAGGGAACACGGCGUUGCACAUAGCUUCUCUUGCUGGACAAGAGGAGGUUGUACAAUUGCUGGUACAAAAAGGUGCCUCUGUGAACGCGCAAUCGCAAAAUGGAUUCACGCCGCUGUACAUGGCCGCUCAGGAGAAUCACGACUCCGUGGUCAAGUACCUCCUCAGCAAGGGCGCGAAUCAGACUUUGGCCACCGAGGACGGUUUCACUCCGUUGGCGGUGGCCAUGCAACAGGGUCACGACAAAGUGGUAGCCGUUCUAUUAGAAAACGACACUCGCGGUAAAGUUCGACUACCCGCCCUACACAUCGCCGCUAAGAAAGACGACUGCAAAGCGGCUGCCCUACUUUUACAAAACGACCAUAAUCCAGAUAUAACAUCGAAAAGCGGUUUCACCCCGCUGCAUAUAGCCGCGCAUUAUGGCAACGACCGAAUCGCUUCCCUGCUCUACGAUAGAGGGGCGGAUGUCAAUUUCGCGGCAAAGCACAAUAUCACACCAAUACACGUGGCCGCCAAAUGGGGUAAGAUCAAAAUGGUCAAUCUUCUCAUGAGCAAGGGGGCGAACAUCGAAGCGAAAACGAGAGACGGUCUAACUCCUCUGCACUGCGCAGCCAGAUCCGGCCAUCACGAGGUGGUCGACAUUCUCAUCGAGAAGGGAGCACCCAUCGGUUCGAAAACGAAAAAUGGUCUUGCGCCGUUGCACAUGGCUUCCCAAGGGGAUCACGUUGACGCCGCGAGGAUUUUGUUGUACCACCGCGCGCCCGUAGACGAGGUAACGGUGGAUUACUUGACCGCGCUGCAUGUAGCCGCGCACUGCGGCCACGUACGCGUGGCCAAGUUACUUUUGGACAGAAACGCCGAUCCCAACGCGCGAGCUCUGAACGGAUUCACUCCCCUUCAUAUCGCGUGUAAGAAAAAUAGAAUAAAAGUGGUCGAACUUCUUCUGAAGCACAAAGCGAGCAUCGAAGCUACGACUGAGUCCGGAUUAACCCCAUUGCAUGUCGCGAGUUUUAUGGGAUGCAUGAACAUCGUGAUUUACUUGCUGCAACACGAAGCCAGUCCCGACAUACCGACCGUGAGGGGCGAAACGCCGCUACACUUGGCUGCCAGGGCGAAUCAAACCGACAUCAUUAGGAUACUUCUCAGGAACGGCGCUCAGGUUGACGCAAGAGCAAGAGAGGAACAAACACCGCUUCACGUCGCUUCCCGCUUGGGUAAUGUCGAUAUCGUGAUGUUGCUGCUGCAACAUGGUGCGAGUGUUGAUGCCACAACAAAGGAUUUAUAUACUCCGCUUCAUAUCGCUGCUAAAGAAGGCCAGGAAGAGGUCGCAUCCGUUCUACUAGAAAAUAGCGCAUCGCUCACUGCAACGACCAAGAAAGGAUUCACUCCUUUGCAUUUAGCGGCCAAGUACGGCAACAUGAACGUCGCUCGAUUAUUGCUGCAAAAGAACGCACCGGUUGACGCUCAAGGAAAGAACGGAGUAACCCCUCUUCACGUAGCGUCUCAUUAUGAUCAUCAGAACGUAGCUUUACUUUUACUAGAUAAGGGAGCCUCACCUCAUGCUAUGGCUAAGAACGGUCAUACGCCUUUACAUAUUGCUGCACGUAAAAAUCAGAUGGACAUUGCAACUACUUUGCUAGAAUACGGAGCAAAAGCUAACGCCGAAUCGAGAGCUGGAUUCACGCCAUUACAUAUUAGUGCACAAGAAGGUCAUACUGACAUGUCGACUCUUCUUAUCGAACAUAAAGCGGAUACGAAUCACAAAGCGAAGAAUGGCCUUACGCCUCUACAUUUAUGCGCACAAGAAGAUAAAGUGAGCGUCGCCUCCAUUCUCGUAAAGAAUGGCGCUCAGAUCGACGCUAAAACUAAGGCCGGAUAUACGCCGUUGCACGUGGCGUCUCAUUUCGGCCAGGCAGCUAUGGUCCGGUUUCUCUUGAGAUCCGGUGCCGCCGUUGACAGCAGCACCAACGCCGGUUACACUCCUCUCCAUCAAGCCGCCCAGCAAGGACACACGCUCGUCAUCAAUUUGCUGUUGGAGAGUAAAGCCAAACCGAACGCUGUGACUAAUAACGGACAGACUGCCCUGGACAUCGCACAAAAGCUUGGCUACAUAAGCGUGAUUGAAACACUGAAGGUUGUCACGGAAACCGUCAUCACGACGACUCACACGGUCACCAUCGAGGAGAAAUACAGAGUCCAAGCGCCCGAAUCCAUGCAGGAGACAUUCAUGAGCGACAGCGAGGACGAAGGAGGUGGUGAUGAAAUCGGCACGGCAGCCAUGAAUGUGUACGGGCAGCCUCCGCACGCGCAACACGUGUACCUUCCUUCUUACUACCAGGGCCAAAUGACCUAUACCCGUGAGGAUCCGAUGCUCAGCGACCAACAGCAGUAUCGUUACAUGACUGUUGACGACAUGAAAUCCAUGGCGGAUGACUCGAUGCGCAUGAACGUGACGGACGACGAGAGGGACAAUCGACAUUCCGCAGCACCAACUAUAACAGAGAUGAUUACGAAAGAAAACUAUCAGCGUACGACCGCCGCCAAUCUCAAGCCGGACAAUGUUGACAUCAACAGGCAUCCUGUGCAUGUCGGCGAGUCUCUAGAGUCCCUAUGCACUUCGCUGGCAGCCCUCAGUACCGUGCCGAAAGGACAAGGAAUGUGGAGGGACAGCUUUUUGGUUUCCUUCCUGGUGGACGCGAGAGGUGGUGCAAUGCGCGGAUGCAGACACAGUGGCGUCCGCGUAAUUGUUCCACCGCGCAAAGCCGCGAUGCCCAUGAGAGUCACGUGCCGGUACUUGAGAAGGGACAAACUAACCAAUCCACCCCCCCUGAUGGAGGGAGAGGCUUUAGCCAGCCGCAUCCUCGAACUGGGCCCCGUGGGUGCAAAAUUCUUAGGCCCUGUUAUCAUAGAGGUGCCACACUUCGCGUCGCUGCGCGGAAAAGAACGGGAAAUCGUAAUUCUACGGUCGGACAACGGGGAGACUUGGCGCGAGCACACCCUGGAAGCCAGCGAGGAGGCUGUCCAGGACGUGCUUAACGAGAGCUUUGAGGGAGAAGAGUUAAGCCAGCUGGAGGAUCUCCAGACGUCUCGAAUCGUGAGGAUACUCACUGUAGAUUUUCCACAUUACUUCGCGGUAGUGUCGCGCAUCAGGCAAGAGGUUCAUGCGGUUGGUCCCGAGGGCGGAACCGUGUCGUCGUCCGCUGUGCCACAGGUGCAAGCUAUCUUCCCGCAAGCGGCACUCACAAAGAAGAUCAGAGUCGGUUUACAGGCGCAUCCUAUACCGGCUGAUCUCGUCGCCAAGUUACUCGGGAACAGAGUAGCGGUGUCACCCAUCGUUACCGUGGAGCCGAGACGAAGGAAGUUCCACAAACCGAUAACCUUGACUAUUCCGGUGCCGCAGGCGGCCAACAAGGGCAUGAUCAAUCAGUACUCCGGGGACGCGCCGACUCUGCGACUUCUGUGCAGCAUAACUGGGGGUCAGACUCGGGCAGUCUGGGAGGACGUUACAGGCUCGACGCCGUUGACCUUCGUGAAAGAUUGCGUCUCAUUCACCACCACAGUUUCCGCGCGCUUCUGGCUGAUGGAUUGUCGCAACAUCUCGGACGCCACGAAAAUGGCCACGGAACUCUACACGCACGCGACACACGUGCCCUUCAUGGCCAAAUUCGUGGUGUUCGCGAAACGCGUAGACCCGCUUGAAGCGAGAUUACGCGUGUUCUGCAUGACGGACGACAAAGAGGAUAAAACUUUAGAGAAUCAGGAACACUUCACAGAAGUUGCAAAGAGCAGAGAUGUCGAGGUUCUGGAAGGAAAAACUCAAUAUAUGGAAUUCUCGGGCAAUCUCGUACCUGUUCUGAAAACCGGCGAGCAGCUUCAGCUGCCGUUUAGAGCGUUCAAGGAAAAUAGAGUGCCGUUUACCGCGAGAAUAAAGGACCCGGACGCCGCUGACAUGAUGGGCCGGAUUAUGUUCAUGAGCGAGCCCAAAGUUCCGAGGGGCGAAUUGCCGCAGACGCCGAUCUGCACGUUAAAUAUUUUGCUGCCGGAGAAGAUCUCUCCGGACACGGCUACGUCCGAGCUCGAUUUGCUGGAAUUGUCCAAGAACUACAGUUUUCUGCGCGACGGCGGAAUAAGCAGACCGGAUGCUAUACACAGAGCGACCAUCCGUUUGACGGACAUCGCCAAUCUAUUGGACAAGGAUUGGGAGCCGUUGGCGGAAGAGCUGAAUAUUCCACCCAAUGACAUAGCUUUAAUCAAACAAGAAUAUCCGGAUAAACCCGCGCAACAAGCUGCCGCGAUGUUCAAAAUCUGGCAGAAUAACGGAAACAAAGCCACAGGAAAUACGUUAGAAAAAGCUUUAAAUAAGAUUGGACGAGAAGAUAUAGUGAACAAAUGUAUUUUCAACGUCGAGCUGGUAACUGACGACGUAGAGAAGGCUGUGGCGAGAGUCAGAUUAGAUCAGCCAGGAUUUGAUUCAUUGAAAGAGGAAUUGGGACCGUCGAGGAACACAUCACUUCGCCGUGAUGCGACCAUGGAUCCUAAAAUGGAUCCCGAUUACGAAGAACCCGAUAGGAUGAAGGAUUCCGAGUCAGUCGAGGAUCUCAGUGUCACCGGCGCUGCGCAAGACAAACCCAAAGAGCACGUCACAAUCACAAACGGCACUGUAUUCAACGGAACCUCGACCCCCAUCAAAGACAAAUACGUGAGUGACGAGAAAGAGCUCGGCGACAUGAUGGCUGAUUACCUUGAGCACAAAUGUCACGUGACCGACACGAUGAGCAAAAAGUCGCGCGACGAACUGGACGAUCCGGACAAAAAACGUCAGAAAGCGAUCGCCGACGCCAACAAGAUAGUUUCUGGUGUAAUAGCAGACGCUGAGAAAGAGAAGGGGAAGUUAGCAAAGGAAGGGUGGUCGGUGGUUUAUGAUGAUGAUGCGCGGGACGGUAAAGAGGCACGGGGUGCUAUAGGGCAGACUUUAGUUAAUGUUCAGUUAGACAAAGCGGCCGCCGAGCCGAAAGGUAUUGUUUCCAAAUCGGUUACCGAGCAAUUGCCGAGCGUCGAACCGCCAAUGAUUAGGCAGCAUCGCGAUGUAAAGCCAGUUCCCAAAGUUAGUACUUCAAAAACAGUAGUUUCCGUUAGCGGUGAUCCGAAAGUAAGUCAGACGGUAGUUACUAAAACCACUACUACUACGGUAAUCAAGCAGUCCGAUCAGACGCCGACUAAGACUGUGACCACGAAAGAAACGGUAAUUGUUUCUCCCGACAAGAAAGACGUUGUUAGUGAAAAAGAGAAGCAAUCUAGAGAAGGUAAGGAAGUUGACGAAAAAAUAAUUCCGGACGUAACUUCUAAGACGGACACGCGUAGCGCGCAGAAGAUUGUGAAGGUUGAAAGUGUGACUCGAACAGAUCAGAAGAAACCGGAAGUGAAAGCUCCUGCGGACAAGGACAAAGCGAAAGAUCAAGAUCAGGAUAAAUUGAAGGAUAAAGAAAAGGACAAGGAAACUGUUGCAAAAUCUGCGAAAGUCUCGGCUUACGAAGACGUUUACAACACGCAGCAUCCUGCAGACAGCACGGAAGAAAAAUCGGAUGAAGAGACGAAGAAAACGAAGGACAAGAGCGGCGGAAUAUUCUCGGGCAUUUUCAAGGGUUCCAGAUUGAAGAAGAGCAAGAAGGGCUCCAAGGACACGUCCUUCGACAGCGGCGACGAGGAACCGAAAGCUGUUGCGAAAGUUUCGGACAAACAAUCGGAACUUCCGUCCGCCGAAAUAACGGAUUCGCAUUUCGACAGUAAACUCGCAGAAAUUACUGUCGCGCCUGAUGUGAAAUCCGCUACCAUGGAAUUCUUGGACGACUCCAGACGAGUUGCCGCGAACAUGCACGUACCUUACGAAGGUCCCACUAAGGCUGCGGAAAGCGUUGUAAAAGAAGAAAAGACGGAAGUCGUCGACAGCGACGACGACGGCAAAGAUAAGUCGGGCUUCUUCUCGAGUUUGUUCAAAGGCAAGUCGAAAAAGGAGGAGGAUGGUGCGGUAAUACCCGCUAUUCACGUCGAAAAGCCAAAAGAAUCUGCGGAACAGAUUGCGAAGAAAGAGAAGAAGAAGCUGGAAACAAUUGCGAAGGAAAACGAAAUGUUGUUGGAAAUUCAAAAAGAACUGAAAGAGGCCGAAGCGUCUAAGGAACUUCCUGAAGUGUCAAGUGCACUAGACACUGAAAUUGAAAAAGCUGUAAAAGUCAUCGAGGAUGCCAAGAGCAAACCGAUCGAGAAAGUUGUCGCAUCGGCGGACGAACAGCCACGAAAGGACGACGAAAGAGAUGACCAAACUAAGGAAAAAGGUAGCUUCUUCGGUAUCUUUAGAAGUCCAAAGACGAAGGAGAAGAAACUCGGCAAAUCGAAAGAAACGUCGUUUGAUAGCGGUGACGAGGAAAUCAAAGUCAUGACGGAGAAGCUUUUAGAUGACACACGCAAGAUUGCUGAUACCAGCGUAUUGCCGGUGGCAUACAAAAGCGACGGCACGAAAGUCACUCCCAAAGAAGAGGUGCGUACUUUUACGUCGACUACGCACUACGACGUGGAUAUACCUGCAGAUAAAAUCAGCAAGUCUUACGAUGUGAUCCAACCUAAGACCACAGUCGUCGAGAAAACUGUCGUUCGCGAAGUGAUACAAGAAAAAGCGGAUACCGACAAAAAACCUGAACAAAAGUCAGAAAAAACGAGCGCUGAGAAAUCUGCCACGGAAAGAAAAUCUGAAACACCGGAACCGAAGACAUCCGAGGCGGAAAAAGAAGCGAGUGACGAAACCAAGGAGAAGAGCGGCGGUUUCUUCGGCAUGUUCAAAAGUCCGAAGUUGAAGAGCAAGAAGAGAAGUAGAUCUCGGGAACAGAGUUCUUCCAAAGAGACUUCCUUCGACAGUGGCGAUGAAGAAGUUCGACUGGCAACGGCAAAACUUCUGGAAGAUACAAAACAGGUAGCAGAUACCCUGCAUCAUCCCGAAGACAAAAUAUCGGAAGUAGUUUCAAAAUCCCCACCUGUUGAUCACGAGCAACUUAAGAAAUCUAUUAUUCCUGAGGGUGAAGUCGCUGAAAAAGACAAGGGAAGCGGCAUUUUUGGCAUAUUCAGAAGCCCAAGACAAGCGAGAAGUUCCAGAAGCAGAUCCAAGGAAAAGACACCGUCACUCGAGUUACCAGAAAGCGAUCACGAGAAGCUACGAGACGCAACAGCGAAGUUCCUGGAGGAUACGCGAAACAUGUCGAUUCUCACAGGCGAACAAACGGAUACAGACCAUUCCAAAGAUAAACGUCCAACCGAACCAAAAGAUAAAAAUGGUAAAAUAGCAUCAGAAGUCAAACAGGUGCGAGAGCACGUUGUCACUACAGUAGAAGAUGUCGGGAAAGCAGUCAAAGAUGGUAAAGAUGUGAUCGACAAGAAGGUAGACGAGAAAGCGCGUGAUAUUACUGACAGCGUCGAAGUUGCGAAAGAUAAAGCAGCGAAAGAAUCUAAGAAAGCUAAAGAAAAAGGAUCGGGCUUCUUAUCGGGAAUAUUCAAGGGCGCGAAACACGCUGUGGAUGAAGUAUCUGAUGAUGUCAAAGAAUUUUUAGACGAAACCAAGAAAGAAGCUGCUUUGGAGGAAGCGCGAACAAAAGAGGCAGCAAAAGAUGGCUUGGAAACCUUGGAACAGAAAAAAGACAGCGUUGUAGCUACUACGAAAGAUAUUGCUGACAAAGCUGCGACAGACGUUAAAGAUGCAAAAGACAAAACAAUAUCAUUUGUAAAAGGGAAAAAAGAUACAGUUGCAGAGAAAAUAUCAAAAGAUGCGGAGAAAGCUGCGGAUCUCGCAAAAGCAGGUACCGAAAAAGUCGCGAAAGACGCAAAAGAAGUUGCAGAUGCUACAAAAACAGCAGGCAAAGAAGUAAUUACAGGAACAAAGAAAGUUGGUGAGAAAAUUGGCGACACUGCGGCAGACAUUGCAGAUGGCAUUAAAGAUACUAAAGAAGCGGCGGUUAAAGAAGCAAAAGAAGAUGCAAAAUUAGUAAAAGAAAAAGUGGCAGCUGGAACUGAUGCUGCAGUGGAUGCUGCAGAUGCUGCUAAAGAUAAAGCAACGAAGGAAGCAAAGAAAGCAAAAGAGAAAACAGGAGGUUUCUUCUCUGGCAUAUUUAAAGGCGUAAAACACGCGGCAGAAGAUGCAGCAGACGAAGUUAAAGACUUUUUGGACGAGACGAAAAAAGAAGCUGAAUUGGAAGAAGAACGUCUGAAAGAAAAAGCAAGUGGGGAACUUAAAGAGGCGAAAGAUAAAACAGACGCUAUUGUUAGAGGAGUUCAAGAUACUAAAGACAAAGCUAUUGCCGAUGUAAAAGAUACAAAGGAUAAAACAGUUGCGGUUGUAAAGGACAAAAAAGAUAAACUUGCCGAAGAUGUUUCGACAGAAGCUCAAAAAGUUGCUGACGCUAAAAAAGAGGUCAAAGAGAAAGUUACCGCAGAAACUAAGAAAGUUGGCGAAAAGAUAAGUGACGCUGCAAAAGAUGUUGCGCAAGGCGUUAAAGAUACUAAGGACGCAGCUAUUAAAGAAGUGAAAGAAGACGCAAAACUCGUGAAAGAAAAAGUAGCAGCUGGAGCUGAUGCUACAGCGGAAGCUGCAGAUACUGCAAAAGAUAAAGCGACAAAAGAAGCAAAGAAAGCAAAGGAGAAAGCUGGUGGUUUCUUCUCCGGCAUUUUUAAAGGCGCCAAGCACGCAGCAGACGAAACAUCUGACGAUGUCAAAGACUUUUUGGACGAAACAAAACGAGAAGCAUCUUUGGAAAAAGAACGUGCAAAAGAUGCAGUUGCUACUGGUCUCAAAGAACUAAAAGACAAAAAAGAUGAUACUGUAGACGAAAUUAAAGACGCUGCAGACAAAACCGUAACAGACGUCAAAGAUGUGAAGGACAAAACAGUUACUGUAGUAAAAGAUACAAAAGAUAAAUUUGUCGACGGCGUCUCGAAAGAAGCUCAGAAAGUUGCCGACGCUACGAAAGAAACUACUGAAAAAGUUACUACAAAAACAAAGAAAAUCGGCGAGAAAAUUGGUGACGUUGCAAAAGAUGUAGCGCAAGACGUUAAGGAUACUAAGGACGCAGCUGUUAAAGAAGUGAAAGAAGACGCAAAACUCGCGAAAGAAAAAGUAGCAGCUGGAGCUGAUGCUGCGGCAGAAGCUGCGGAUACGGCAAAAGAUAAAGCGACAAAGGAAGCAAAAAAAGCAAAAGAUAAAGCAGGUGGUUUCUUCUCAGGCAUUUUUAAAGGCGCGAAGCACGCAGCAGACGAAACAGCUGACGAUAUCAAAGAGUUUUUGGACGAAACAAAACGAGAAGCGUCCUUAGAAAAGGAACGUGCUAAAGAUGCAGUUACUACUGGUCUCAAGGAUCUGAAGGACAAAAAAGACGAUACUGUUGCCGGUAUUAAAGACGUUGCGGAUAAAACCGUAGCAGACGUAAAAGAUGUGAAGGACAAAACAAUUACUGCAGUAAAAGAUAAAAAAGAUAAGCUUGCCGAUGACGUCUCGAAAGAAGCUCAAAAAGUUGCUGACGCUACAAGAGAGACCAAAGAGAAAGUUAGUGCAGAAACAAAGAAAAUUGGAGAAAAAAUAAGUGACGCUGCAAAGGAUGUUGCUCAAGACGCUAAAGACACAAAGGAUGCAGCCGUGAAAGAAGUAAAAGAAGAUGCAAAACUAAUGAAAGAAAAACUUGCAGCAGGAACUGACGCUGCGGCGGAGGCUGCAGACACGGCUAAAGAUAAAGCGACGAAAGAAGCAAAGAAAGCAAAAGACAAAGCAGGAGGUUUCUUCUCCGGAAUAUUUAAAGGCGCAAAACACGCAGCAGAAGAAACAGCGGACGACGUCAAGGACUUCUUGGACGAAACGAAGAAAGAAGCUGAAUUGGAAGAAGAACGUCUGAGAGAAAAAGCUAGUGCGGGACUUAAAGAGGCUAAAGAUAAAAAAGAUGUCAUUGUCACAGGAGUUCAAGAUACCGCGGAUAAAGCCGUAGCCGAUAUGAAAGAUGCAAAAGAUAAAACAGUUGCUGUUGUAAAAGACAAAAAAGAUAAACUUGCGGAAGAUGUUUCGAAAGAAGCUCAAAAAGUUGCUGAAGCUACGAAAGAGGCCAAAGAGAAAGCUACUGCAGAAACUAAGAAAGUUGGCGAAAAAAUAAGUGACACUGCAAAAGAUGUUGCGCAAGGAGUUAAGGAUACUAAGGAUGCAGCUGUUAAAGAAGUGAAAGAAGACGCCAAGAUAGUGAAAGAAAAAGUAGCUGCUGAAACUGAUGCUGCAUUGGAGGCUGCUGAUACUGCUAAAGAUAAAGCGAAGAAGGAAGCAAAGAAAGCAAAAGAGAAAACGGGUGGUUUCUUUACGGGCAUUUUUAAAGGCGCAAAACACGCAGCCGAAGAAGCAGCUGACGACGUCAAGGACUUUUUGGACGAAACAAAGAAAGAAGCUGAAUUGGAAGAAGAACGUCUGAAAGAAAAAACCAGUGCGGGACUUAAAGAGGUAAAAGAUAAGAAAGAUGCUAUUGUCACAGGAAUUCAAGAUACGACGGAUAAAGCCGUAGCCGAUAUGAAAGAUGCAAAAGAUAAAACAGUUGCUGUUGUAAAGGACAAAAAAGAUAAACUUGCCGAAGAUGUUUCGAAAGAAUCUCAAAAAGUUGCUGACGCUACGAAAGAGGUCAAAGAGAAAGUAACCGCAGAAACUAAGAAAGUUGGCGAUAAGAUAAGUGACGCUGCAAAAGAUGUUGCGCAAGGCGUUAAGGAUACUAAAAAUGCAGCCGUUACAGAAGUCAAAGAAGACGCCAAACUCACGAAAGAAAAACUUGCAGCUGGAGCUGAUGCUGCGGCGGAGGCUGCAGAUACUGCUAAAGACAAAGCAAAAAAAGAAGCUAAAAAAGCAAAGGAGAAAGCCGGUGGUUUCUUCUCUGGCAUCUUUAAAGGCGCAAAGCACUCAGCAGAAGAUGCAGCUGACGAUGUUAAAGAAUUCUUGGAUGAAACGAAGAGAGAAGCUUCAUUAGAAAGAGAACGUGCUAAAGAUGCAGUUACUGCUGGUCUCAAAGAUUUGAAAGACAAGAAGGACGAUGCUGCUUCUGGAAUUCAACACACUGCCGACAAAGUUGUAGCCGAUGUAAAGGACGCGAAAGAUAAAACAGUUGCAGCUGUAAAAGAUAAAAAAGAUAAACUUGCCGGAGAUGUAUCGAAAGAAGCUCAAAAAGUUGCUGACGCUACGAAGGAGGCCAAAGAGAAAGUUACCACAGAAACAAAGAAAGUUGGAGAGAAAAUAAGUGACGUUGCAAAAGAUGUUGCUCAAGACACAAAAGACACUAAGGAUGCAGCCGUGAAAGAAGUAAACGAAGACGCAAAACUAGUGAAAGAAAAAAUAGCAGCCGGAGCUGAUGCUGCGGCAGACGCUGCAGAUACGGCUAAAGAUAAAGCGGCGAAAGAAGCGAAGAAAGCCAAAGACAAAGCAAGUGGUUUUCUUUCAGGAAUAUUCAAAGGAUCAAAACAUUCUAUAGAUAGUGCAGCUGAUAAUGUAAAAGAUUUCUUGGAAGAAACGAAAAAAGAGGCAGCAUUGGAGCAAGCGCUCGCGAAAGAAGCAGCGGAAGCGGAACUAAAAGAUCUAGAGCGAAAGAAGGACACUGUUGUUGCCGAAAUGAAAGACACAAAGGAUAGUGUAAGUAAAAAAGUAAGCGACAAAGUUAAGGAUAUUACUGAUGCAACUAAGGCAGCUGGCGAUACAGUAGUUACUGAUACAAAGCAAAUAGCUGGUGAUAUCACGCAAGGAGCUGCAGAUGUUAAGGAUGCUGUUGCAAAAGAAAUUAAGGAAGAUGUACAAGCAUCGAAAGACAAACUAAAAGAGGGAAGCGAUGCAGUAACAAAUGCUGUCUCAGCUUCAAAAGAUACGGUAGCAAAGGAGGCGAAGAAAGCUAAAGACAAAGGCAGUGGUUUUCUUUCGGGAAUAUUCAAAAGCACAAAACACACAGUGGAAGAAGCAUCACAUGACGUGAAAGAUUACGUAGACGAAACGAAGAAAGAUCUCGAUCAAGAAAAGGAAAUUGUUAAAGAAAAAGUUGCUGUUGGUAUUAAAGACUUGAAAGAUCAAAAGGAUGCAGUUGUCACCAAAGUUCAAGAAAGUUCUGACAAAGUCGCAACAGAUGCAAAAACCGCCACUCACACACUUUCUGAUCUUAAAGAUAAAGUUGGAGACGAAAUUUCCAAAGAUGCACAAAAGGUUGUCGAUACCACAAAAUCAACAGGCGAAAAAAUAGAGGCAGAAACAAAAAAAGUUGGUGAAAAAAUAAGUGAAACUGCAAAAGAUGUUGCGCAAAGUGUUAAGGACAAGAAGGAUGCUGUGGUAAAAGAAGUGAAAGAAGACGCCAAGAUAGUGAAAGAAAAAGUAACAGCUGGAGCUGAUGCUGCAGCGGAAGCUGCAGAUAGUGCUAAGGAUAAAGCGAAGAAGGAAGCGAAGAAAGCAAAAGAUAAAACAAGUGGUUUCUUCUCUGGCAUCUUCAAAGGCGCAAAACAUGCAGUAGAAGACGCAGCUGACGACGUUAAGGACUUUUUGGACGAAACAAAGAAAGAAGCUGAAUUGGAAGAAGAACAUCUGAAAGAAAAAGCAAGUGCGGGACUUAAAGAGGCGAAAGAUAAAAAGGAUGCCAUUGUUACAGGAGUUCAAGAUACCGCAGACAAAGCCGUAACCGACAUGAAGGACGCAAAAGAUAAAACAGUUUCAGCUGUAAAAGACACAAAAGACAAAAUUGCAAAAGAAGUUGCGGCAGACGCACAAAAAGUUACGGACGCUACGAAAGCAGCUGGUGAAACAGUAGCAACAAAAACAAAAACAGUCGGUGAAAAAAUAAGUGAAACUGCAAAAGACGCUGCGCAAAGUGUUAAGGAUACUAAGGAUGCAGCAGUUAAAGAAGUUAAAGAAGACGCAAAACUUGUGAAAGAAAAAUUAACAGCAGGAGCUGAUGCUGCGGGAGAAGCUGCGGAUACUGCAAAAGAUAAAGCGACGAAGGAAGCAAAGAAAGCGAAGGAGAAAGCUGGUGGUUUCUUCUCAGGCAUUUUUAAAGGCGCAAAACACGCAGCAGAUGAGACAGCUGACGAUGUCAAAGACUUUUUGGACGAAACAAAACGAGAAGCAUCUUUGGAAAAAGAACGUGCUAAAGACGCAGUUACCACUGGUGUCAAAGAAUUGAAAGACAAAAAAGACGAUGCUGUGACGGAAAUUCAAGAUGUCGCCGACAAAACUGUAGCCGACGUAAAAGACGCAAAAGAUAAAACAGUUGCGGCUGUAAAAGAUAAAAAAGAUAAGCUUGUCGAAGACGUCUCGAAAGAAGCUCAGAAAGUUGCUGAUGUUACGAAAGAAACUACUGAAAAAGUCACUACAGAAACAAAGAAAAUUGGUGAAAAAAUUGGCGACGCUGCGAAGGAUGUAGCUCUUGGCGUCAAAGACACUAAAGACGCAGCGGUGAAGGAAGUGAAAGAAGACGCAAAACUCGCUAAAGAAAAACUUGGAGCGGGAGUUGACGCUGCGGCAGAGGCAGCAGAUACUGCAAAAGAUAAAGCGAAGAAAGAAGCGAAGAAAGCGAAAGACAAAACAGGUGGUUUCUUAUCGGGCAUCUUCAAAGGCGCAAAACACGCAGCCGAAGAAGCAGUCGACGACGUCAAGGACUUUUUGGACGAAACGAAGAAAGAAGCUGAAUUGGAAGAAGAACGUUUGAAAGAAAAAGCUAGUGCGGAACUUAAAGAGGCUAAAGAUAAAAAAGAUGCCAUUGUUACAGGAGUUCAAGAUACCGCGGACAAAGUUAUUGCCGAUGUAAAAGACGCAAAGGACAAAACAGUUACGGCUGUAAAAGAUAAAAAAGAUAAACUUGCCGAAGAUGUUUCGAAAGAAGCUCAAAAAGUUGCUGACGCUACGAAAGAAACUAAAGAAAAAGUUACCGCAGAAACGAAGAAAGUUGGUGAUAAAAUAAGUGACUCCGCAAAAGAUGUUGCGCAAGGCGUUAAAGACGCUAAAGACGCAGCGGUAAAGGAAGUGAAAGAAGACGCAAAACUCGCGAAAGAAAAACUUGCAGCGGGAGUUGACGCUGCGGCAGAAGCAGCAGAUACUGCAAAAGAUAAAGCAAAGAAAGCGAAAGACAAAACAGGCGGUUUCUUAUCGGGCAUUUUCAAAGGCGCAAAACACACAGCCGAAGAAGCAGCUGACGACGUCAAGGACUUUGUGGACGAGACGAAGAGAGAAGCUUCCGUAGAAAAAGAACGUGCUAAAGAUUCAGUUACUGCUGGUCUCAAGGAUUUGAAAGACAAAAGAGACGAUGCUGUGGCCGGAAUUCAAGACGUCACCGAAAAAGCCGUAGCCGAUGUGAAGGAUGCGAAAGAUAAAACUGUUGCGGCUGUGAAAGAUAAAAAAGAUAAGGUUGUUGAUGACGUUUCAACGGAAGCUCAGAAAGUAGUAGACGCUGCGAAAAAAGGCAGUGAGAAAGUUACCACGGAAGCGAAGAAGGGUGUGGAGAAAAUAAGUGAUGGUGCGAAGGACGUCGCGCAAGGCGUUAAAGACACUAAGGACGCAGCUGUCAAAGAAGUAAAAGAAGAUGCAAAACUAGCGAAAGAAAAAGUAGCAGCUGGAGCUGAUGCUGCGGCAGAAGCUGCAGAUACGGCUAAAGAUAAAGCGAAGAAAGAAGCAAAGAAAGCAAAGGAGAAAGCUGGUGGUUUCUUUUCUGGCAUCUUUAAAGGCUCAAAACACGCAGCAGAAGAUGCAGCUGAUGAUGUCAAAGAAUUUUUGGACGAAACAAAGAGGGAAGCUUCUUUAGAAAGAGAACGUGCUAAAGAUGCAGUUACUGCUGGUCUCAAAGAUUUGAAAGACAAGAAGGACGAUGCUGUUUCCGAAAUUCGACUUGCCGGCGACAAAGCUGCAGCCGAUGUGAAGGAUGCGAAAGAUAAAACAGUUGCAGCUGUAAAGGAAACAAAAGAUAAACUUGCCGAAGACGUUUCGAAAGAAGCUCAAAAACUUACUGACGCUACGAAAGAAGCUAGUGAAAAAGUUACCGCAGAAACGAAGAAGGUUGGAGAGAAAAUAAGUGACGCUGCGAAGGAUGUUGCUCAAGGCGUUAAAGACACUAAGGACGCAGCCGUGAAAGAAGUAAAAGAAGACGCAAAACUAGUGAAAGAAAAAGUAGCAGCUGGAGCUGAUGCUGCUGCAGAGGCUGCGGAUACGGCUAAAGAUAAAGCGACGAAAGAAGCGAAGAAAGCGAAGGACAAAGCAGGUGGUUUCUUCUCCGGUAUCUUUAAAGGCGCGAAACAUGCGGCGGAAGAUGUCUCUGCUGACGCAAAAGAAAUAGCAGAUGACGUUAAGAAAGGAGCGGUUGCAGAGGAAGAACGCAUCAGAGAAGCGACAGAAUCGGGAUUGAAAAAAGCGAAAGACAAAAAAGAUAGUGCGAUAAGCAGCAUUAAAGAUGCAAAGGAAAAGACAAAAACAACAAUUCGAGACUCUUCGGAUAAGAUGGCAGAAAAAUUAUCUGAUGAUGUUCACAGAACUGUUGGCAGUCUUAAAGACAAAACCGACAAAGUAGCUACCGACAUACAAGAUGCGUAUGGUCAAACAAAAUUAGCUGGACAAGAUCUUAUAGAAAGUAGCAAAGAGAAGAAAGAUGCGAUUGUGAAGAAAGGUAAAGAAGACGUUCAAACAGCGAAAGACAAAGGCACUGAUUUCAUCACUGGUAUUGUUAAGGAAGUGAAACACAGCGCCGAAAGUAAAACCGACGAUAUGAGUAAAUUUUUAGACGAAAUGAAGCGAGAUGCAUCUAUAGAGAAGGAUCGAAUAAAGGAAGCCACUUCCGCAGAGCUGAAAGAAUUGGAAAAGAAAAAGGACGCUAUUGUUACGGAUGUAAAAGAUGCAACAGAUCGAGCAGUUUCUGAAGUAAAAGACGUCAAGGACAAAACUGUAACAGCCACGAAGGAUGCAGCGGAUCGACUAACCGAAAAGGUGUCCGAGGACAUUGAUAAAGCUAAAGACAAAACGCAAGCCGCAAGAGACAAGAUAACAUCAGAAGUGAAAGAAGUUGACAGAAAACUAGAUUCAACAGCGAAAGAUACUACGCAGAAAAUUACAGAUACUAAAGACGCAAUUGUUAAAGAACUGAAGGAUGAUUCGAAAAUAGUGAAAGAAAAAUUAACAUCUGGUGUCGAAGAUGUAGCCGACGGCGCAGAAGAUGCCAAAGAUAAAAUAAGUAAAGAAACAAAGAAAGCUAAAGACAAAGCAGGUGGUUUCUUCUCCGGCAUCUUUAAAGGCGCUAAACAUGCGGUUGAAGAUGCAGCGGACGACAUGAAAGACUUUUUGGACGAGACGAAGAAGGAAGCUGAAUUGGAAGAAGAACGUCUGAAAGAAAAAGCCAGUGCGGGACUUAAAGAGACAAAGGACAAAAAAGAUGCCGUUGUCACUGGAGUUCAACAGACUGCAGACAAGGCUAUUGCCGACGUAAAAGAUGCAAAAGAUAAAACACUUUCUGCAGCGAAGGACAAAAAAGAUCAAAUUAUAGACGAAGUUUCAACAGACGCCCGGAAGAUCGCAGAUUCCACGAAAGCAGUUGCUGAGAAGGUAGCCACGGAAACGAAGAAAGUUGGUGAGAAGAUCGGUGAAACUGCAAAGGAUGCUGCGCAAGGCGUUAAGGACACUAAAGAUGCGGCGGUUAAAGAAGUCAAAGAAGACGCAAAACUUGUGAAAGAAAAAUUGACAGCAGGAGCUGAUGCUGCGGGAGAAGCUGCGGAUACUGCGAAAGAUAAAGCAACGAAGGAAGCGAAGAAAGCAAAGGAGAAAGCUGGUGGUUUCUUCUCCGGCAUCUUUAAAGGAGCGAAACACGCGGUAGAGGACGCAGCUGACGAUGUUAAAGACUUUUUGGACGAAACAAAGAAAGAAGCCGUAUUGGAAGAAGAACGUGUAAAAGAAAAAGCUACUACUGGACUCAAAGAGGCGAAGGAUAAAAAAGAUGCUAUUGUCACUGGCAUUCAAGACACUACGGACAAAGCCGUGGCCGACGUAAAAAGCGCGAAGGAUAAAACGGUUGCUGCUGUAAAAGAUAAAAAAGACAAGUUAGCCGAAGACGUUUCCAAAGAAGCUCAAAAAGUUGCUGACGCUACGAAAGAGGUCAGUGAAAAAGUUACCGCAGAAACAAAGAAAGUUGGCGAGAAAAUCGGCGAAGCUGCGAAGGAUGCUGCGCAAGGCGUCAAAGACACUAAAGACGCAGCGGUGAAGGAAGUGAAAGAAGACGCAAAACUCGCGAAAGAAAAACUUGCAGCGGGAGUUGACGCUACGGCAGAGGCAGCAGACACUGCAAAAGAUAAAACGAAGAAAGCGAAAGACAAAACAGGCGGUUUCUUAUCGGGCAUUUUCAAAGGCGCGAAACACACAGCCGAAGAAGCAACUGACGACGUCAAGGACUUUUUGGACGAAACGAAGAAAGAAGCCGAGUUGGAGAAGCAACGUCUUCAAGAAGAAGCUGCCACGAGUCUGAAAGACGUAAAAGACAAAAAAGACGCUGUUGUUGCAGGUGUUCAAGAAGCCGCAGAUAAAGCCAAGGCUGACGUGAAAGACGCAAAGGAUAAAACACUUUCUGCGGCAAAAGACAAGAAAGAUAAAAUUGUGGACGAAGUUUCAGCAGACGCUCGGAAGAUCGCAGACUCCACGAAAGCAACUGCUGAGAAAGCGGUGACGGAAACGAAGAAGGUUGGUGAGAAAAUCGGCGAAGCUGCAAAGGGCGCCGCGCAAGGCGUUAAGGACACUAAGGAUGCGGCCGUAAAAGAAGCGAAGGAAGACGCAAAACAAGUGAAAGAACAAUUGGCUGCGGGAGCUGAUGCUGUAGCGGAGACCGCAGAUACGGCUAAAGAUAAAGCGACGAAGGAAGCGAAAAAAGCAAAGGAGAAGGGAUCUGGCUUUUUAUCGGGUAUAAUCAAAGGCGCAAAACAUGCCGUUGGAAGUGCAACGGAUGACGUGAAAGACUUUUUGGACGAGACAAAACACGAAGCUGAAUUGGAAGAAGCUCGUGCAAAGGAAGCCGCAGCGGCUGGUUUGAAGGAUCUUGAGGAAAAGAAAGACGCGAUUGUAAGCGGCGUAAAAGAUACAACUGAUCGGACUGUUACCGGAGUAAAAGACGCCGCGGACAAAACCGUCACAGCUGUAAAACAGACGAAAGACAAGAUUACCGAGAAAGUAGCCGAAGACGUUCAGAAAGCUUCUGACGCUGCUAAAACCGCCAAAGACAAGGUAACGUCGGGCGCGAAGGAAGCUGGUAAAAAAGUAGAUUCGACCGCGCGAGACAUCGCGCAAGGAGUUUCGGACACGAGGGACGCGGCUGUUAAAGAAGUUAAAGACGACGCAAAAGCGAUAAAAGAGAAAGUAACCACCGGCGUUGGCGCCGCGGCUGACGCUGCCGAUACCGCGAAAGAUAAAGCAGGUAAAGAAGCAAAGAAGGCUAAAGAAAAGGGAUCCGGAUUUCUCUCGGGAAUAGUUAAAAGCGCGAAACAUACCGUCGAGAGCGCGAAAGACGACGUCAAGGAAUUCUGGGAUGAAACGAAACACGAGGCGGAACUGGAGGAAGCUCGCGCGAAGGAAGCGGCAGCGGCGGCAUUGAAAGAUCUCGAACAGAAGAAGGAUAGUGUCGUCACCAGCGUGAAAAGCGGCACGGAAGAUGUGGCAGCUACUGUCAAAGAUGUCAAAGAUGGCAUUUCCAAGGGAGCUGAUCAGGCAGCGGAAACGACGAAGGUCGCGGCUGACAAGUUAGCGAUUGAGACCAAAAAGGUCGGCGAAAAAGUAGAAUCCAAGGCCGCGGACGUUGCGCGCGAAGCGAAGGACGCUAAGAAAAGUCUGGAGAAGAAAAUCGAAGAGGAUAAAAGAGCGGCGAAAGAUAAGCUAGCGACGAGUGCGGACGCUGUUGCGGACAGCGCUAAAACGACUAAGAGCGAACUUGAAGAGAACGUGAAGAAGACGAAGGAAAAAGGCGCCGAUUUGCUCGCUGGUGUUGUUCAAAGUGCGAAGCAAACCGGGAAGGAAGUUACGGACGACGUGAAAGACUUUCUGGAAGCGACCAAGCGAGAAGCAGCCGCUGAGGAGGCGCUCGCCAGAGAAGCCGCGGCAACGAGAUCGAAAGAACUCGAACUGAAGAAGGAUAAAAUAGCCGAGGGGAUUAAAACCGCGAAGGAUAAAACGGUGAAGGGCGCGAAGGACGUCAAGGAAAAGAGCGUUUCCGGCGUAAAGAGUAUAAAGGAAAAAACAGUUUCCACUGUGAAGACGACGGGAUCGAAGAUAGAGCAAGGCGUGUCGCGGGCCAGCGAGAAAGUUAAGUCAGCCGGUCAGGACGCGACGCAGAAGGCUAAACGUGCCAAAGACACCGUCGUGAGCGAAGCGAGGGAGGACACGAAGCUAGCGAAGGAAAAGUUGGCAGCUGGCGUCGGCGCGAUCGCGGUCACCGCGGAAUCCGUCAAGGACAAGACCGCGAAGGACGUGAAAAAGACCAAGCAGAAGGCCGGCGGUUUUCUGUCGGGUGUGGUGAAGAGCGCGAAGCACGCGGUUGAAGGCGCGGCGGACGACAUGAAGGACUUUUUGGAGGAGACCAAGCAAGAAGCGGUCGCGGAAGAAGCUCGUGCCAAGAGCGAUUACGCGAAAGAGAAAUCUCCGAAAUUGACGGCCGACAAAUUCACGGAAGACGCGAGAAAGAAAGUCGCCCAGAAAACGUCAUCUUCUAUGACGAAAGACGCGUGGGCAGACGCUCCAUCUGUUUCAAAAGUAACCGAGACAAGACGAGUCGUUGAGAAAGCAGGUCCAACAUUCGCAGACGAGUACGAGGUCGAGGAGGAGGUAGUUGUUCGUGGUAGUUCCGAGGUGGCGGACAAACCGGAGACGUCGUCGGGCGACGUCGAGCAUUUAACCGAGACAGUUAGGGUUAAGAGAAUAUCUCGCAUUCCACAAAAAAAAACUAGUCCGGGCAAGGAGGCGGUCGCGCCGGACGAUUCAGGUACCUCGCGUAGUAGAGUAGUAGAGACGGUAACUACGACAAUAGAGCACCCCGAGCCUCGCACACGGCAAUCCGUCACGACUACAGUCGUGACAAAAUCAGUGCGAACGACUCCACCACCACCCGGUUUACUCGCCGAGUUCACUGACAGUAGAACCGAAGACGUGACCGAAGAGGCGGCUAGACGCGCCCAGAACCUGGCGGAGCAGGCGGCGUACACCGCGACGAAAGCAGGGCAUGAUUCGGCUGAAAUUGAUGGGACUGUAGAGAGGCAUGCUACUUCUGCUCCAUCAAAGCAACCUGUUCCCGCCCCGCGUCACUCCACCACCAAGCCGAGUACUAAACCCGAGUUCCGUCUGGAGCUCGGUGACGUUACGCGAAUGCGUAAAACGUUUGAGCAGCAGCCGGCCGGCAGAUCGACGACGCAGGAAGAGCAAUCGUCGGGCAAGAGCAGUCCGAAGAGUAAGAUUCCCGUUAAAACUGACUCGCGCAGUCCUAAAUCGAGCGGCGAGGCGAUCCGCGCCGAGUCCGUUCCGCUUGAGUUUUCGGAAGAUUGUAUUGCCGUCCCGCAAACGGUUUCACGAACCGUCAAAUACAUCACCAGAGAGUACACAGACGGGGAAUUGACCAAAGAGACGGUGGAAGAGAGCGCGUCGCCGAAGAGCGCGACCGAAACGAUCAAACCGGAUAACGAGACCGUAAUAAGGACUGUAAGGAGUACGAAAACAGAUCCCUCGGUGGAACAAAUACAACAAACAACGACCACGACCACCACCACUACGAUAGUGAGUGACGAUCCGUCGCUCGAUCCGGAUAAACUUGAGGAGCUCUUGAAAACAGGCGGAGUCGUGGAAACGGUGAGGACCGUGACUCUGACUUCGGAGGACAGCGCUCUGCAGCCGAUGACGCGCGAGGAGGUCGUGAAGAGGAUAAAUCAGGUCGCCAGCACGCUGCCGAGCGAAAUUUUUUACUUCGGCGACAAGUGUACUCCGGACUCCUCGAUAAGCAAGACUGACAAAUCGGAGACUGACGGUACGGCAGUGCAGACGGUCACGACCGUACAACACGUGAAGGUGAAGAUGCCGGAAUCCGAGAGGAUCGAGAAAGUGAUGCGAACGAUGAUUUCCAGCAGCAGCGGCGACGGCGACGGCGGCUACUCGGCGGACGCGGAGGCCGCCCUGAAGAGUCUUCAGGAACGAUUGAUCAAGUCGAGCGAGAUCGGGGAGACCGCCUCGUGGGCGGCGAGCGAGCAGUGGGAAACCGGGGCGCAAUAUUCCCAAGACACGUCGCCGAGCUCCGGUAACGGGGGCGCCGACGUGUUUACCUCCAGCAACAACAAUAACAACAACAACAACAAGAGCGGCGGUAACUCAAGACACGAAAUGCACAGCGACACCGACAGUGACGGUUCGCCCCAACCUAGAAGACGUACCUCCCCGAGCAAGAGGCGUACAUUGGGCAGUUCCAGCGGGUCGGAUGUAGCACUGCACGAAGGUGCGGAGCUGUCCCCGUUGGAGGACGACCAAGGUACCGCACUCUCACAGCUAAGCCUUCUAAAAUCUGACUUUUUGCAACAUAGCGAGCCAUCCUACAUGGAAACGACUACGAUCGAGGUGGAUCCCGUCACGCAUGAAAGUAUAACAACGACCACGCGAACGGAAUCGAGAACAAUAUCAUCGUCCGUGGGAGCCGGUGGCACGGACGAUCUGCGGGAAUCUAUGCAGAAGAUCAUGGACACGUUCAUGACGGAGGAAAGAAAGGAUCACUAAAUAGGAGAGCGUACGUCCUUGGAAUCUCACAAUGAAGACGGAGAAAAAAUCGCGAAUGAGUGAAAUCUCUUGAUACAUGGAUUCUCUCUCGUGAUAAAUCUUCCUUGACGCGAAACAGCUCGAACUUCGACGCGUCCUCGGGUGUCGAACCGACGAGUUUUUUCGAUCGCGAUCACAGGGGGAGGAGAUCGUUUUUUUUUUUUUUUUGUUUUGCGGAAAAGGCAGAUGUGGGAGGGCGUGCGUUUCCGUCGCUCCUUUAUAGAGUGUCGUCUCUCUCUCUGAAGCGCUACGCGCGAAAAAAAAUAAUAAUAAUAAAAUAAAAAACCACGCACGAUGAUUUCAUCACCACGCUCCAUGGCCUACGCUUCGGAUUUGCUUGCCUUUCCGUUCCGCUCGGUUGCCUUAACGUCCCUUUACGUUCGAAAUCGCGCGAUUGACGACGAUGUGUCUAUGUGUGUCGCUAGUCCGACUAGCCGUUACGCGCUAGUCCUCACUAUGCCAACCCGUCCAUACGUACGUACCACCGCCUUUCUCGUGUCGUUCGGUGUGCGAGUCGCGGAAGCGAGAGAAAGAUGUUACGGGCGGUAUAAAAAAAAAAAAAGAAAAAAAAACGACAAAAAGAACGCGGCGGGAACGCGGCAGACGAGAGAUACAAAUGUCUAAGAACGAACAAUUAUCUGCCUGACAUUAUUAUCGACUUUAGAUAGUAGGACGAUUCUCGCGAAGAAAAACAAAACAAUAAUCCGUUCACACACAAGCUUUAGGAUGGUUGUACUACUCUGUAUCCGCGCAAUAUGUUGCUUACAAUAAUAUAUACAUAUAUAUAUAUAUAUAUAGAUCGGGGGGCAAUAUAUACAUAUAUAUAUAUAAAUAUUAUAUAUAUAUAUAUAUAUAUAUAUCGCUAAUACUUAUCGACAACGGACGAACUAUUGAAGUUUGCGAAAAAAAAACGACGAUGAGAAAAAAGUUUCUUCUUGUUAUUCGACUCAAGUCGCGAUAUUUCGUUCGCAUCUUAAAAGACACGAACUGCUAGAGAAGCGCAGAGAUCCGUUCGCGUGCGCACCGGCCGCGUGUUGAUUUUGAUUAACAGCAAGAAAAAUAAUAAUAAUUAAUAAAAAAAGAAAAUGUUUUUAUCCGCGCAUCGAGAAGGAGGAGAAAACACAAUAAUGUGUAAAUUUAACUUGUUUAAAGGUAUACAUUUCCUAACAACAAUUUUUAAUUGUAUAUAUGAUAAUUUCUUAGCGUAAUUUAAUAUAUAUGUAAAUGUAUUAUGGAUUACGCGCGAUAUAGUAAUAACCGUAAGAUAUACACACACGCUAUAUACGGGAAUAUUUUUAAUUUAUACAGCAAGAGUCCCUCUCUCUUUCCCUGGACCACCAUCACCACUCACCGUUGUAAACGCUCGUUAUAAUUUGUAUAAGCUCGAGAAAAGAAAAAAAAAAAAAAAA